AUGACGGUCCACUACGGCGGCGUUAUCAACAUCAUCACCCUCAUUUAUUUCUUCUUCACCACCAUCCUCGCGAUCUGGCUCGUUUAUCGACAAGGUCUUGGCCACAACUACCCCUGGGUAUGGCUCACCAUUCUCUCCCUUUGUCGCCUCGUACAGGUGUCGAUCGAUCUGGCCGCAACCGCAAUGUACCCACCCGAAACUGUGGCAGACAGUAGUUUGCAGACAGGCGUAGCAAUCUUGACGGAGAUAGGACUGACUCCCCUCUUUAUGUCCACCGCCUCACUCCUGAAUGCCACCAAAAGACCGAAAGGACGGCGGAUGCAAUGGAUACUCAUCCUUCUGCAUGUUCCGCUCGUUGUAUCCCUCAUCCUCAUUGUGGCCGGCGGUAUUGACCCGCACUCAAGAGAAGGACCUACGUUCGCCGCAACAGACACUACCAAAGCUGGCGUUUCGUUGUAUUGCGCAUGCUUUGUCAUCCUUGUUUGGGCAACCAUCGUUAUCGCAUCCCGAGUGUAUUUGGCGACGCCCGCUGAAGCCAAAAUACUCACCACGGUCGUUCUCAGUCUUCCUUUUUUCCUGGUUAACGUCGUCUACAUGAUGUGUUUCGCUUUCGAGAGCCUUUGGGGGAGCCAAAGGUUCAACGUCAUCAGCGGCAGCGUUACGCUCCAGUUAUGCAUGCAGGUCAUAAUGGAGUACAUUAUCGUUGGGCUGUACUUAGCACUCGGGUUUGAACUACCGGACAAAGCUUCACGGUUUGCUCAACGCGCAGUUGCGCUCAGCGAAAUGGACCCGGACCAGGUAACCGAGCUGUUUAUCUGGAAGCUAUAUGAGAUCUUCUCUGGUAGGCACUACUCCAAUAAAUUGCAUCCCACUGACAUGAAUAAGCCUUUAUUGCGGCUACGUUGA